AUGUCGACGACGACGAUUCAACAGAGAGAGAGUGGAGAGAGCAUAAUCGUCGUGUUGGAAGGGAUUAAGGCCGCCCGAGAAGAGAAGGGUAUUGCACCACUAAGGUGGACCUUUGCUAACUUCAAGAACACCAAUGAGAUCCUUGUGCUUACUAUCCUCAAUCCAACGGUCGGAUCGAAUAAGGAUUUCUGUUGUUUGAGCUGUCCACCUAACUCUCCAUGUGAAGGUGAGGCUCACCUGAAGUUCCUCUACCAGCAGAUCAGCCAACGGAGGGAGAUGUACCGUCGAAAUCUCCGGCCGUUCUACGACUGGUGCAAGAACAAUGGUGUAAAGUUCGAGGUGAAGAUGGCCGCCGGAUUCCAGGCAAGGACGAUCAUGAUCAAGGAGGCGAACAAUGUUGAAGCGACAUGGAUUGUCAUGGACAGGUGUUUGGUGGACGAUGAGAGCCUCAGAUACCACAAGGAGAUCAGGAACCUAGCUUUAGUAAAAGACGACAACGACGUCGAAGUCCAUCACAUUUCUCCGACGACAACGACAUUAAUAGUCCCCGAAUCACCCGAACACCACUUGCAAUCGGUGCCUGGUCCACACAUACUCAAUUCACUUGAUCAACAAUCUCCACCGUCGGGAAGUACACAUGAAAGAAAUUCUAUAGCAACCGAUCCAGUGCCCGGAACUAGCAAUGUACAUGAAAAUUCACCGGAGAGACGGACAGUGAGGCUAAAGGUGGCGGCGGAGGUCGGGUGGGAAGAGAUAAUGGCUAUAACAGGGGGGUUACAAGCAUGGCGAUGUGAACGUGGGGAAUUCGACUUGUUUAAGGGAUUUCUAUGUGAGCCGUCGGGCAUGAAAGUUAUGGUGAAACGGUUCAACGGUGAAACGGACCGUGUGGUGGAGGGUGAAAAGAGAGUUGCAUGGCUCAUGUCACAUAGAAAUAUUUUGGCACCUAUGGGUUAUCAUGAGAGUUCGAAUGGUUCGGCUUUGGUGUAUCAGUAUACAGGAGAAGGGACCUUAGAGACCUUGGACCAGUAUAUGAACCGUGCUUUCAUUUCUCAGUGGAGAAAGUUCAUGCGCUGUGCAAUCAUCUCCGUCGUCUGA